AUGUCUGUGAUUCUUUGCACAGCAUUGGAAUCGGUCACUAACCUUGUCCAAGCGGGUUACGACCACACAAUCAGGUUCUGGGAGGCCCUCUCGGGCAUUUGUUCCCGUACGAUCCAGCACCCAGACUCCCAGGUCAAUCGCCUCUGCAUCUCUCCCGACAAGCGCUUCCUCGCCGCCGCAGGCCACCACACGGUCAAACUCUACGAUAUCAAGUCCACGAACCCGAACCCACUGCUUACCUUCGAGGGCCAUACUGGCAACAUCACCGGCGUCGCUUUCCACUGCGAGGGCAAGUGGAUGGUGACCAGCUCCGAGGAUGGCACCGUCAAGAUUUGGGAGACACGCAGUGGCCAGGUCCAGCGCUCCUACAACCACGGCUGUCCCGCCAACGACGUCGUGAUCCAUCCUAACCAGGGCGAAAUCAUCAGUUGCGAUCGCCAGGGCAGCGUCCGUGUCUGGGACCUUGCCGAGAACAACUGCUCCCACCAGCUGAUUCCCGAGGAGGACGUUUCGGUCUCAAGCGUCACGGUCGCCAGCGACGGCUCUCUGCUUUGCGCUGCGAAUAAUGGCGGCAACGUAUUCGUGUGGCAGCUGCUGCAGGCCUACGACCGAACCCAGCUCCUUCCAGUAACUCACUUCAAUGCGCACAAGGAGUACAUCACGCGCAUUCUCCUCUCGCCCGACGUCAAGAAGCUCGCAACUUGCAGCGCCGACCACACCGCCCGCAUCUGGGAGGUCAAGGACCUUGAGCCUGCCCCCGACCAGGAGCCUAAGCCGUUCCCGCUCGAGGCCACCCUCACGGGCCACCAGCGCUGGGUCUGGGACUGCGCGUUCAGCGCCGAUUCUGCCUAUUUGGUGACGGCCUGUUCCGACCACUAUGCCCGGCUGUGGGAGCUUCACAGCCAGCAGAUCAUUCGCCAGUACAAUGGUCACCACAGAGGCGCCGUCUGUGUCGCCCUCAACGACUACUCCGAGUCUGCUAGAUAA